GAGCUAGAGCAGGAUCUCGUUCCCGAAUGGCGGGCCAAGUAUCUGGACUACAAGACCGGCAAGAAGAAAGUCAAGGCCAUCACACGCGCCCUGCAAAAAGCCCAGCGCAGUCCUUAUACCCCGACCCUCGGAGCACCAACCCCUUCCUCCCAGGGAGCCCCCGUCCCGACAACCUCACGUCAUCCAAUUUGGCCGUUGCGGACACCCAAGUCGCGUCCCUCACCACACGUGGGGAACCGAAGCUAUGGGAGUAUCAUCGCGACGCCACCCCUCCGCGGGCAAGGGUCGGAUGCCGAAUCCUUUGAGCUCCCAGACCCUGCUAUGGACCCGCAGGAGGAGUAUGUACCUCCGGAAGACGACGCCGGCCUCUCCAAUAGGGUGAAAACGCCGGCACCGAUCUUGCCCAGACGCGCUACGUUUGGAGAUCUGCCGGCGCGCGAUGAGUCUGCCGAGCAAAGGCCGUCGUUGGCGCAGCAGCAGUCCUUCAACAGCCCAGAAGGCGGCGCUUCGAACAAAAGUGAAUCGGGGAAUCGCGCAUCCACCCUUCUCCGCCGUGUCUUUUCCAACGCAGAGGGAGCAUCUCCGGGCAAGCGAACACAGUCCAAUUACCACCCCGACGUGGAAAAGCGACAAGAUGAGUUCUUUGCAUUUCUGGAUAGCGAGCUAUCCAAGGUUGAUUCUUUUUAUGUGAUGAAGGAGGAGGAAGCAUUGGAGCGCCUACAGCUUCUUCGCCACCAGUUGCAUAUCAUGCGGGAUCAGCGGAUUCAAGAAUUCAUGGCUGCCAAACGAGCCGCCAAGGAUGAUGAGGCUGAGAUGCAGCCACGGCCCAACGGAUUAGGAAAAUUCAACGAUCGUCUCAAAGGUACCCUGACAGGAAAACCCCGAUUUGGCAAGAACUCUGAAGCUUUGGCGGAGAUGGCAACCCCAGGGUUGCAGGGGCGGGAUCACGAUUUCAUUGUCAACCGCAGGGACUUUACUCGACAUGACCCGCAGAGCCACGAGGUGUCCUACCGCACAGCCAAAAAGAAGCUCAAGCAUGCCUUGCAAGAAUUUUACCGCGGAGUGGAGCUCUUGAAGGGAUAUGCUUACUUGAAUCGGACCGCCUUUCGGAAAAUCAACAAGAAGUACGACAAAGCAGUUAAUGCCAGGCCCCCUCUUCGAUACAUGUCAGAGAGGAUCAAUAAGGCGUCAUUCGUUCAGAGUGAGGCGCUUGAGAGUUUGAUGGUCACUGCCGAAGACUUGUAUGCCCGCUAUUUCGAGCGAGGCAAUCGCAAGAUCGCGGUAUCGAAGCUUCGACACAAAAUCACGAAAUCCGGAGACUAUUCUCCUAGCACGUUCCGCGCAGGACUGAUGUUGAUGGCCGGGGCAUUGUUCGCUAUCCAGGGGCUGGUAUAUGCUGCUCAGCAUUUACAUUCUGGCGAUCUUGAGAUUCAUGACCGCACCAGCUAUUUGCUUCAGAUUUACGGUGGGUAUUUCCUUAUUACGUUUCACGUCUUUCUCUUCUGCGUCGAUUGCAUGAUUUGGACGAAGUCGAAGAUCAACUACGCAUUUGUUUUUGAAUAUGAUACCAGACACACACUGGAGUCGCGUCAGUUGCUAGAGAUUCCUUCCUUUUUCUUUUGCUUGAUGGGCCUCUUCAUGUGGCUCAACUUCUCAUGGAUUAAUGCCAUGUAUAUCUACUGGCCUGUCGUGCUUAUUGGCACCACGCUCAUUGUUAUCUUCUUGCCGGCUCGUAUACUUUAUCAUCGGAGUCGAAAGUGGUGGGCUUUUUCGAAUUGGCGCCUUUUGCUUGCCGGGAUUUACCCAGUUGAAUUCCGUGAUUUCUUCCUUGGGGACAUGUACUGCUCUCAGACCUAUGCGAUGGGGAAUAUUGCGCUUUUCUUCUGCCUUUAUUCAGCACACUGGAAUAGCCCAUCUCAAUGCAACUCCUCGCACUCUCGACUGCUGGGAUUUUUCACCUGCCUCCCCUCAGUAUGGCGCGCUUUCCAGUGUAUUCGUCGAUACCUGGACACCAAGAACGCGUUCCCGCAUCUUCUCAAUCUGGGCAAGUACAUAUUCGGUGUCCUCUACUACGCCACCUUGAGCAUGUAUCGCAUCGACCGCGAUACGCGAUACCAGGCCUCGUUCAUCACUUUCGCUCUCCUCAACUCCGUUUACACCUCCGUGUGGGACCUGAUCAUGGACUGGAGUUUGGGUAACCCGUAUUCCAAGCACCCGCUGCUCCGUGAGGUCCUCGCAUUUCGCAAAGCGUGGAUCUACUACGCAGCCAUGGUGAUCAAUGUGGUCGUUCGCUUCAACUGGAUCUUCUACGCCAUUUUCACCCUUGAAAUCCAGCACUCCGCCGUGCUCAGCUUUGUGGUCUCUUUCACCGAAGUCUGCCGCCGCGGCAUCUGGUCCAUCUUCCGUGUCGAGAACGAGCAUUGCACGAAUGUGCUUCUGUUCCGCGCCUCGCGAGAUGUACCCCUUCCGUACGAGGCCUCUUUCAGAGCCACUCCAGCCGUGGACGGCGGCGACUCUCCUGAAGAUGUGCAGCUCCGGGAACAGCCUAUCCCAGCCACACCAUUCAUGCCCCCUGACGACGUCGAGCACGGCGCGCCAUCUGGGUCGAGUCUUCGAGCACGUCACCGUCGUCCGUCGGCUGGUAUCGUCCGUGUCGGUACGGCCCUCGCCUCUGCGCACGCUCAGGACUUCCAGCGACGCCGUCUUCCAAGUUACUUCUCGAGUCCUACCAUGAACGACUUACCUCGCACCGCCGAUGAUACUAGUGAUGAAGACGAGGAAAUAGAUGUCCUGACUGAUGAGGACUCGGGGCUUACGGCGGAUAAUACCUAUCACGAUCAACAUGCAGAGUAG